AGAGACUGAAUCUAAGUAAGAAGAUAAGUAAGAAGUAUGUGAGAAUAGUCUCAAGUUUUCCAGACCAAAAGAAUUCCAAGGUCAGAAAGGACAAGCAAGUGACAAAAAACAACAACAACAAACGAAGGGCUAAACUGAACUAGUGAACCCUCUUCAACAUGGCAUUUUUGUCAAGGCUGAGCUUAUUCGUCACUGUACUAUUAAUAUUGAAUACUUUGUGUUGGGCUGACCGAUUAUGGAGCAGCAGAAGUAGCCAAAGCAGCAGUCAUAGCUCAUCCACGGAGCAAGGUAGCACGGCGUCAGAACAUUCUUCCAACGUUUCCAUCACGACACUGCCAAUCGUCACAUGGAAAUGGCAUCAUGUGGACACCCCAUACUUUGUGGCUCUGUGGAUCUUUGUCUGCUGGCUUUGCAAACUAGUGAUACAAAUGAAUACCUGGCUCAAAAACUUUUUUCCUGAAAGUGGACUCCUGAUCAUCUGUGGUUUUAUUCUGGGUGGUAUCAUCUGGGGUGCAGACAAGGUACAGACAUUUUCGCUCACCCCAAGAAACUUCUUCUUCUACUUACUGCCACAGAUCAUCCUGGACGCGGGCUACUUCAUGCCCAACAAGCUUUUCUUUAGCAACCUGGGUGCCAUCCUAAUUCAUGCCAUUAUUGGGACAGUCUGGAACGCAGCUGCACUGGGGGUCACUCUCUGGGCCUGCUUUCUAGGAGGAGCUAUGGGUGAUCUCCAGAUUGGACUGUUGCAGUUUCUGCUAUUUGGUAGCUUGAUUGCUGCUGUAGAUCCAGUGGCUGUGAUUGCUGUGUUUGAGGAGGUCCAUGUGAAUGAAAUACUGUUCAUCUGGGUGUUUGGAGAGUCGCUGCUCAAUGACGGAGUCACAGUGGUGCUGUACAAUGUUUUUGAUGCCUUUGUGUCUCUGGGAGGGUCAAAGAUUAAUGCUGGUGAAAUCAUCAAAGGCAUAGUCUCAUUUUUCGUAGUGGCAUUUGGAGGUUCAUUGAUUGGUGUUUUGUUUGCCAUCAUCAUCUCACUGUUGACCAGAUUUACAGGGAAAGUUCAGAUCAUUGAGGCUGGUUUCAUCUUUGUGCUUGGUUAUCUGUCCUACCUCACAGCCGAGAUGCUUUCACUCUCUUCCAUCCUUUCAAUCACUUUCUUUGGUGUUUGUUGCCAAAAAUAUGUGAAUGCAAACAUGGAUGAAAAGUCUGUUACAACAGUGCGGCAUGUUAUGAAAGUAUUUGCAGUUGGCUCAGAGACUAUGAUCUUUGUCUUCUUGGGUAUCACCGCCAUCAACGAUGUUUUAUGGGUGUGGAAUACUGGCUUUAUUCUCAUUACCUUGCUCUUUACACUAGUCUACAGAUUUAUUGGAGUUUUUAUCUUGACCUGGAUUCUAAAUUGCUUUAGACUGGUUCCCAUCGAGGUCAUUGAUCAGAUAGUGAUGAGUUUUGGUGGCCUGCGUGGGGCUGUGGCAUAUGGGUUGGCAGCUUCAUUAGAUGAGAACAAAAUUAAAGAGAAGAACCUGUUGGUCAGCACGACACUCAUUGUGGUGUACUUCACUGUUAUACUUCAGGGUCUCAUUAUGAAGCCUCUUGUCACAUGGCUCAAAGUUAAGAGGGUAAUGCCAUCUGAACUGAAACUUAUUGAGAAAGUGAACAACAGGGCAUGUGAGCAUAUUCUGGCAGCAAUGGAGGACAUUUGUGGACGCAUAGGAGAUAACUGGUGGACCAGAGGAUGGAAGCGGUUUGAGGGGAAAUACAUCACUUGGUUUUUGAUGAAGGCAGAAGCCAGGAAAAACCAUGACUACCUUUUCAGCAUCUUCCACAAACUUAAUCUGGAGGAUGCUGUUAAUUAUGUUACCGAGGGAGAAAAACGAGGAUCUCUAGCUUUUCUGCGCAACAGUGAAGGCACUAAUGUUAAUUUCGAGAAAAAAAUUGGUUUGGAGUUUUCUGGAAUGAUGCCUGACAUCACAUCUGAGUUAGAUUAUGGCACCGAUAACGUCCCAAUGACCUCUAUCAUACAGGACACCGUUCCUUCAGUGUCUCUGAACAUUCAUGAGCAAAAUAAGAAAGCCAUCAAUGAGGACAUCAAUGCCCACCACUUACUGCAGCAGCAUCUGUACAAGAGCAGAAAAAAUCACUGCCACAGGUACAGCCGUAGUGACUUCACCAUCAACCAGAGUGAAGAUGAGGUACAGGAGAUCUUCCAGAGAACCAUGAGAAGUCGCCUGGAAUCGUUCAAAUCUGCUAAGAUGGGGCUCACUCCAGCCAAGAAAAUCACAAAGCAUUUCAAGAAAGAGACAAACCAGAAAAUGUUACCAGAAAACGCAGCACAUCCAUAUGGAGAUGAAGAUUUCGAGUUCUCAGACGUAGACAGUAUGUCCAAUGGUCAUGUAAGAGCUGCAGGUGGCAAUUCCUCCUCAAGAUACACAACUGGAGGUAUAAUAAAUCCAGCAUUCAUGCCAGAGUUGGACGCUCCUCCUCCUCCUCCUCCGUGGUUAACAGAGGCUGAGAAUGACUUGAGCGUGGCACCUUCUCAAAGGGCACAGUCCCACCUGCCACGCAGUCCCAACAACCUGCGCCGCCUGGCACCUUUGAGGAUCAGCAACCGCUCAACAGACUCUUUUGUGAUGGCAGAUGCUCCUUCUACAGAGGAAUCACCCAAGGAACCAUUUGAGGAACCACUGAAAAGGGAUAGCACACAUCUGUAACCUUCGUGUUUGUAUUUAACAUUAGCUUCCCACAUCGCUGGAUCAGGAUUUGCCUGAUGGCUACAAAGUAUGCGUUUGAACACGAGUUAGAUCGGUGUAUGAUUUAGAAGUUAGUCUUACUGUUAUAUUUGAUCAUUUGUUCUUGUUCAUCUCCAUCUGGUGAAGACUUUCAUAACAGCGUGCCAACAGAUCACCAGAGAAACUUUCCAGCGAUGAUGUUUUACUUGAGUGCUUUUGAACAACUUUUUUUUUCCCCCCUCAGAUUUUGAGUAACGUUGCAAUAUCCCAACACAAUCCUGCAGUUGAUAAUUUAUGCUGGAAAAGUCAUUUUGACUGUAAUAUUUAAAGUAUCAGCUCUAUAAACCAGAUAUAUGUUUUUUACUCCUGACAACAUAAUGGGAGGGGAAAAAAACCCCUAUAUUUUUAUAAUAACAUUAAAUGGAUUAACUUCAAUGUAC